AUGGAACCGCCAGCAAAGACCGCGCUCUGGAACCCUCAGAACCUGAGCGAGACAAACGCAGUCAAGUUCAUCAAUUACGUGAAUGAUAUCUACGGCCUGACAUUGCAAACAUACGACGACUUGUACAAAUGGUCGGUGGGAGACGGGACCAUUGAUCAUUUCUGGACUCAGGCGUUCAGAUGGCUCCAGAUUUCACCCAGUGAGACUGGAUGUAUUGACAAAGAAGCACCAUGUUUCAAUCCAAGAGACUCACGCUACAACCUCAUGUUUCCGCCUCCAAGGUUCUUCCCAACCUCCACUCUUAAUCUUGCCGAGUUGAUCUUUCGAGACCGCAAGGAUACAGACAUGGCUAUAUAUUUCAGCCGAGAAAGCCUUAGUGACGUCGAGGAAGUAACUUGGGCUUCCUUGAGAGAGCGCGUACGAAAGCUGCGCAGUGCAUUAAUCCACUCUGGGGUUGUUGCCGGGGAUGUCGUCGCAGCUGUUAUAUCUAACUCUGUCGAUGCCAUGGUCGUUUGUUUGGCAGCCCUCUCAAUUGGCGCACUGUGGUCCUCUACCUCGUGCGACAUGGGAGCUGGUGGCAUAGUUGACAGAUACUCACAGAUUCGUCCGAAGAUUAUCUUUGCAGAGCAAGGAUAUGUCUACGCUGGGAAAACCAUCAACCUGACUGAUCGAAUCAGACAAUGGUCUCGCGAGCUCCGGGAGCGAAAUGAGACGUUCACGACACAGGUCGUUCUAGUUCCAAAUCCAAACAUCAGCAUAAGCCCAUUACACGAGCCAAACUCAUGCACGUUCGGAGACUUUUCCAAGGCUGACAGAGGGGACCAAUUGUUAUUCGAAAUGCUUCCGUUUUCACAUCCGGCUUUCAUUCUCUUCUCAUCUGGAACGACUGGCCCACCAAAGUGCAUCGUACACUCAACAGGGGGAGUAGCCCUGAAGACGAAGGUUGAUUCAGUCAUUCAACACGACAUCCGCAAGACUGAUGUCGUAUUCCAAUACACGACUACAUCAUGGGUUAUGUGGGUUUUAAACCUCAUGAACCUCUCUUGUGGUGCCUCAAUGCUUCUAUACGAUGGCUCCCCCUUUCACCCUCGUCCGUCUAUACUGUUAGAGCUUGCCCAAACAUACAAAGUUAGUGUAUUCGGCACAUCGCCUCGGUAUCUCUCCACACUCAAAGGUCUCAACAUCGUACCAAGACGAGAAUUCGAUCUGAGUCGGCUACGCAUCAUGCUAUCAACAGGAUCUGUGCUCUCUGCUGAGUUGUACGAGUGGUUCUAUGCCACUGCGUUUCCCCCUUCGGCCCAGUUAAUCUCUAUGAGCGGCGGAACGGACAUCGCGGGAUGUUUUGUAUGUGGCACGCCUAUGCUGCCAGUAUAUGCCGGGGAGAUUCAGUGCAAAGCUCUUGGUAUGGCUGUAGAUAUCUACGAUUCUGGAACAGAUGAACACGUAUCAGUGGAGCAGUCUGGUGCACCAGGAGAACUGGUCUGUACAAAAACCUUUCCAAGCCAACCACUUGCCUUCUUAGGGAAAGCUGGUGCCAAGCAAUACAAGGCCUCUUACUUUGAACGCUACGGGCCAAGUGUUUGGUGCCAAGGAGAUUUCGUUCAGCGGUCACCAGGUACGGGAGGAAUCAUAAUGCUUGGCAGAUCUGACGGCGUCUUGAAUCCUUCAGGGGUGCGAUUCGGAUCAGCGGAGAUCUAUGCAGUCAUGGAGACCUUCACAGAGGUCCUGGACAGUAUCUGUGUUGGCCAGAAACGAGAAGCCGAUUACAACGAACGGGUACUGCUAUUUAUCAAGAUGAGGCUUGGAAUACCUCUCACACCGCAUCUCGAGGCCAAAAUAAGAGCCGCUAUCCGCGAUCGGCACUCACCGCGCCAUAUACCAGCAUACAUCUUGGAGGUGGAUGAUAUUCCCUACACAGCUAAUGGAAAGAAAUGCGAGAUCAACGUGAAGCACGUGAUCAACGGCAAUAAGUUUGCCGUGGCCGGAUCGGUGGCGAAUCCGACAGCUCUCAAGGCUUAUGAGAAGUUCCGAAAUCUGCCAGCAGAGGGGUCAAGAAAAAGUAAUGCUGCCUCGAAGAUCUGA